AUGGAAACUUCUGCUGCUAAAUUUAUACCACCAUCUGUACCGAGAGAUUCCGAAGGAAAUUGGAGGAAAACAGGGCUUGUUCAAGAAGGUAUUAUUGGUAGUGCAAGCCUCUGGACUCGACAAAUCUUGCUUAAUCGCCAGACGCCAGCUUUACAUGCCGCUUUCGCUGCUAUUCUACAGACAGAGAAUCUGCUAGUGAAUCAUGAUCGCUACGGAAUGUUCCGACCUGUCAAAGAGCAUCCAGAACGUGCAACUAUGACUAAUCUUCAUUUGGAUAUGAAUCCAUGGAGUUAUUUCGAAGAUAAGGACAACAGUGAACAGUUCGAAGUUCUCAAUCAGUUACGCUAUCGUUCAGCCAGUGAUUGGAUUACAGAGAACAAUGAACCUGGAUGUGCUGCUAUUGGAGAGCUUCAUGUGCAAGGUCUGGUCAAUCUAGCUGAUAAUCAGGAAGAAGAUGGUGGCUUUUGGCUUGUUCCUGGAUUUCACAAAUAUCUGGAACAAUGGACACAUGAACAUCAGGCAUUGAGUAAUAUUUAUGGACGCUGGAAUCGAUUCAAUCUCUUCAGAGAAGGUGAUAUUCCAGAGUUGUAUGCCGCUGCUUGUCACAUCUCUAGUCGAGCCGGCUCAGCUAUUUUAUGGGAUCAACGCAUCAUGCACGGAUCACGAUCGAACUGCAGUCUUCGACCUCGAUAUGCUCAAUUUUUCAAGAUGUUUUGUGCCGAACAUCCCGCCAUGACUCCAGAAAGAGCCGAACGCCGUCGCGAGGCAAUACUGGCCAAGCUCAAACUUGUAAAUAUCGAUCCAGAGGUGGAUCUUAGCCCAAUGGGACGCAAGCUUUUCGGACUUGAAAAAUGA